GGCUCAACCUUUUCUUGCUUUCUGGCUUUUUUUGUAGACCAAGGUGCUCCUGAUCAACCACAUUGCUCAGAAAUUACUAAAAAAGAAACCUUGGUGGGUAAAAGAUGUGCCAUGGAAUGGUAGCAUCAAAGAGCAACACAGGAUCCUCUCUUUCCUUGACUGGCCAUGGGUUAUUUCGUCUGCUAGUUAUCUUUGGUUCCUUUAUCUUGGAAACACAGUCCACAGGUUGGCUAAGCAAAUCCAAAGGACCUGCAUAUUGUCCCCAGCCACCACAACCUGAGAAUGGAGGCUAUAAAUGCCACCCUAGCCCCUGCAACAACCCUCUGACUUCAGGCAGUGUCAUAGAGUAUCUGUGUGUUGAAGGCUACAUGCUGAAAGGAGAUUAUAAAUACUUGACCUGCAAGAAUGGAGAGUGGAACCCAGCCAUGGAAGUCAGCUGCAGGCUCAGCCCUGAAAAGGACUCUCCACCCACAAUUGGAGUGCCCACACUGUCCAUAGUAGCCUCCACAGCAAGCUCUGUUGCCCUGAUUCUGCUGUUAGUUGUGCUGUUUGUUUUGCUGCAGCCGAAGCUGAAGUCGUUCCAUCACAGCAGGCGAGACCAAGGUGUGUCUGGAGAUCAGGUCUCUAUUAUGGUGGAUGGUGUCCAAGUGGCCUUGCCAUCCUAUGAAGAAGCAGUGUAUGGCAGCACAGGGAAUUGCAUUCCACCCUCGGACUCCCGAGUGCAGAUCGUGCUCUCAGAAGGAGCUGGACAGAAUGGACCCAGAGAGAUGCAGCAGCCGGACCAGGGGGCUCACAACACCUUUGAAAGAGAAGAUGAAGCCCCUGGACAUUCUGGACUGUGUGAAGCCAGUGGCUCUCAGCGCUCUGAAACUGUUCUUGUGCAUCAGGCUGCUACCUCUUCCUGGGUAGCUGGCAUGGCUAGCAGUAGACCUGUACACAAAGAGGUCCAGGAUUCAGAAAGCAGUGACAUACAGAGCCUUUUAUCACUCACUUCCUCUGAGGAAUACACAGAUGAUAUUCCCUUAUUGAAGGAAGCAUGAGGUCUGCUGUGUUUGCCUAGUCUUCUCCAUCUUGGAUUUCUUCCUCCUGCCCUCUCCCUGCCUUUGGGACAGAAGCACUCUGUGCAGUCUUCCCCAUCCUCGCAAGCUGUACCCUGGAUACCUCCAAGAAGAGAUGCCCUCAGCUGAAGAUCCAAAGGAUGUCGCCAGGUUGCCUCCUGGAUGCACCAGUGGAGUUGGUGCAGCGCUGGCUUCCCCAUUCCAUCAGCAUCAGGGGCUCAAGGAACAGAGUGGAUUUGAGCUCUCCUCUCCUCUUCCCCAGCCAGAUGUUUGACAGCAGUCUCUGAAGAGCUGCUCUUUCUUGUGCCUUUCUCCUCCUCACACCGGCUUGUUGCAGCUUAUCAGCCUUUCUGGCCCUCCUGCUGCCCAGAGAGCAGGGCUAAACCCGCUUGCUCGCUGGGUGCAGACACAGUUUAAAUACACAUAUACAUGUUAUAUAGGCUCUUCUUCCAGCAUCCUCUUUGUGACAGGGCAGGGCAAAACACCUCACUGGGACCAAGAUUGGGCUUGGGAGGGAUCGCAGUUAAGGGGCAGCUUGUGAUGUCUAGAAGCGCCUCAGAUGAGAUGGGCUGUGCGACAGCUUAGCUGUGCAGGAACAGUUCACUGAGAAUUGCUUCAGCACUGAAGGCUGAGAAGUCCAACAUGUAGGAAUGCCCUCUGUCCCAUCUCUGCAGGAGUCUGUUCCUAAAAAUCACUUUUGUUUCCUCCUUCUUCUUCUACCAGUGCAGCCCAUUGGAAGAGGUUCAGGUGUUUGAAAAUAUCAAGACAAAAAAAAAUGCCUGUAGAUAGUGAAUUCCUAGUGCCAUUGGUGCAAUCCCAAAUUCCUUUUCCAGCCACAGUAGGUACUUGAAUCCUGGGUAGCUGCCAUCUCAUAGGCUGGUGUGUCUUCCUAGCUUCAUACAGCAAAGGAUCUUCUGUUUUAACCUGGCAGGCUCAGCCAGUAGAGAAGGGCUCCUCCCUUGUGGCUGGGGGUAAGCAGCAUUUGUAAAGCUUCUCCUAAACACAGUGCCAGUCUGUUGCUGUGAGGGAAAGUUGAGUACACUGACAGCAGUGCUAGAGACACCACAGCUCCGUCCUGUAGUUUUGAGGAUUGUUUGAAGUUCUGGUAGUAUGGAAGAGAAAAUUCAGAAAUAUGUGUAUACCUCUGCCUGCCACAGUUACCUACAGGAGGUCAGACUGUCCGUGUUGGGACUCUAUAACUGCAGGAAGCCACAUGUGUCUAGGGUAGGUGGUCCAGUCCAAGUGCUGGUGGUUGUAAGGUUCCUCACUGAGAUCUGGACACUGUUCCAUGGGAUUGAUUUCGGCAAGAACAGUUGGCUUCUUAGAUGCAUGUACCUUGUCAUAACUGUCUUGAAGUAACCAGGGAAGUGUUUGCCCUGUGAGAAGCUGCUACAUUUUUGAGUUGAAGGAGCAAAAUGUCAUGGCCUUACACAUCAUGUGAUAAUGUACAGGUAAACAGGGAUGCUGUCUUUGCUGCUUUGCUUUUGGUUUAUGAUCCUCACCAUCCUCAUCCUCAUUGCUACAGUAAAAAAAAAAAUUACAGCACUUGACAAAAAUGAUACAUCUUUAGGUAUGAUAUCACUGUGGCUUAGCUCCAGUUCUUUGAAGUGUGGAUUGGCCACAGCAUCCAGCUAUGUAUUUGCUAUUCCUUUUCCUGAAUAGAUAUUAAAUCCCAUACAUGGACACAUGGAACAGUGUGCUCCUGUGGAUGGAAGAAUCCCUUUUCCCCCCUAUCCUUGUUGUAGAGGGGUGUUAAUUUAAAAUUACAGGGUUUUAAACAUCCUUCCCUGUUGCUCAUGUUACCUUGC